GGGCUGGCCGCGCGUCGGGCGCCAGGCCCGGGGCUGUGGGCACGGUGCCCAGCCCCCGGCGCACGCCGAGCCGCCGCCGCCGCCGCUGCUGCAGUCGGCAUCCAUCAGCGGGCGGGGGUGUCGCGGAACAGGCUGCUCCGCAGAGCCCGCCGCGGCCCCGCGCGCCCGCCCCGCCCCGCGGCCUGCCGGCACCCCCACCCCCCCGCAGGAGCCAACGGGGCGUCCCCCCGCCCAGCCUGCCCGAGAUGGGGACCCCCGGCCUCAGGCGUGCUGGUCACCAUGACAACAGAGACAGGCCCCGAUUCUGAGGUGAAGAAGGCUCAGGAGGAGGCCCCACAGCAGCCUGAGGCCGCUGCCACUGCUGCCGCGACCACCCCUGUGACCCCAGCAGGCCACGGUGGCCACCCAGAGGCCAACUCCAAUGAGAAGCACCCGCCGCAGCAGGACACACGGCCUGCAGAACAGAGCCUAGACAUGGAAGAGAAAGGCUAUGGGGAGGCCGAUGGCCUGUCAGAGAGGACCACGCCCAGCAGAGCCCAGAAGUCACCCCAGAAGAUUGCCAAGAAGUAUAAGAGUGCCAUCUGCCGAGUCACUCUGCUUGAUGCCUCUGAGUACGAGUGUGAGGUGGAGAAACAUGGCCGGGGCCAGGUGCUGUUUGACCUUGUCUGUGAGCACCUCAAUCUUCUGGAGAAGGACUACUUCGGCCUGACUUUCUGUGAUGCUGACAGCCAGAAGAACUGGCUGGACCCCUCCAAGGAAAUCAAGAAGCAGAUCCGGAGCAGCCCCUGGAAUUUUGCCUUCACAGUCAAGUUCUACCCCCCUGACCCUGCCCAGCUGACAGAAGAUAUCACAAGAUACUACCUGUGCCUGCAGCUGCGGGCAGACAUCAUCACGGGCCGGCUGCCCUGUUCCUUCGUCACACAUGCCCUGCUAGGCUCCUAUGCUGUGCAGGCCGAGCUGGGCGACUAUGAUGCUGAGGAGCACAUAGGCAACUAUGUCAGCGAGCUCCGCUUCGCCCCCAACCAGACCCGGGAGCUGGAGGAGAGGAUCAUGGAGCUGCACAAGACGUACAGGGGCAUGACUCCGGGAGAAGCAGAAAUCCACUUCUUAGAGAACGCCAAAAAGCUUUCCAUGUAUGGAGUAGACCUGCACCAUGCCAAGGACUCCGAGGGCAUCGACAUCAUGUUGGGAGUCUGUGCCAAUGGCCUGCUCAUCUACCGGGACCGGCUGAGAAUCAACCGUUUUGCCUGGCCCAAGAUUCUCAAGAUCUCCUAUAAGAGGAGUAACUUUUAUAUCAAGAUCCGCCCUGGGGAGUAUGAGCAGUUUGAGAGCACAAUUGGCUUUAAGCUCCCAAACCACCGGUCAGCCAAAAGACUGUGGAAGGUCUGCAUAGAGCACCACACGUUCUUCCGGCUGGUGUCUCCUGAGCCCCCACCCAAAGGCUUCCUGGUGAUGGGCUCCAAGUUCCGGUAUAGUGGGAGGACCCAGGCCCAGACCCGCCAGGCCAGUGCCCUCAUUGAUCGGCCCGCACCCUUCUUUGAGCGUUCCUCCAGCAAACGGUACACCAUGUCCCGCAGCCUUGAUGGAGCAGAGUUCUCCCGCCCAGCCUCCGUUAGUGAGAACCAUGACACGGGACCUGAUGGUGACAAGCCGGAGGAGGAUGGCGAGUCUGGGGGUAGGAGGUCAGAGGCCGAAGAGGGAGAGGUCAGGACCCCUACCAAGAUCAAGGAGCUAAAGCCGGAGCAGGAAACCACGCCGAGACACAAGCAGGAGUUCUUAGACAAGCCAGAAGAUGUCUUGCUCAAGCACCAGGCCAGCAUCAACGAGCUCAAGAGGACCCUAAAGGAACCCAACAGCAAACUGAUCCACCGGGAUCGAGACUGGGAGCGGGAGCGCAGGCUGCCUUCCUCACCCGCCUCCCCCUCCCCCAAAGGCACCCCUGAAAAAGCCAAUGAGAGAGCAGGGCUAAGGGAGGGCUCAGAGGAGAAAGUCAAACCGCCUCGUCCCAGGGCCCCAGAGAGUGACACGGGAGAUGAGGACCAGGACCAGGAGAGGGACGCAGUGUUCCUGAAGGACAACCACCUGGCCAUUGAGCGCAAGUGCUCCAGCAUCACAGUCAGCUCCACGUCCAGCCUGGAAGCUGAGGUUGACUUCACGGUCAUUGGUGACUACCAUGGCAGCGCCUUCGAAGACUUCUCCCGCAGCCUGCCUGAGCUCGACCGAGACAAAAGCGACUCAGAAACUGAGGGCCUGGUGUUCUCCCGGGAUCUCAGCAAAGGGGGCCCCAGCCAGGAAGACGAGUCUGGGGGCAUCGAAGAUAGUCCAGAUCGAGGGGCUUGCGCCACCCCAGAUAUGCCCCAAUUUGAGCCUGUGAAAACAGAAACCAUGACGGUCAGCAGCCUGGCCAUCAGAAAGAAGAUUGAGCCAGAGGCUGUACUGCAGACCAGAAUCACCACAAUGGACACCACCCAGCAGGUUGAUGGGACUGCCCCAGGGGGAAAGGAAUCCAUAACAACUGCUCCCUCCAUCACCACGGAGACCAUAUCAACCACCAUGGAGAACAGUCUCAAGUCCGGGAAGGGGGCAGCUGCCAUGAUCCCAGGCCCACAGACGGUGGCCACGGAAAUCCGUUCUCUUUCUCCGAUCAUCGGGAAAGAUGUCCUCACCAGCACCUACGGCGCCACCGCGGAAACCCUCUCCACCUCCACCACCACCCAUGUUACCAAAACUGUGAAAGGGGGGUUUUCUGAGACGAGGAUCGAGAAGCGGAUCAUCAUCACUGGGGAUGAAGAUGUUGAUCAAGACCAGGCCCUGGCUUUGGCCAUCAAGGAGGCCAAACUGCAGCAUCCUGACAUGCUGGUAACCAAAGCUGUCGUAUACAGAGAAACAGACCCAUCCCCGGAGGAGAGGGAUAGGAAGCCGCAGGAAUCCUGACCUCUGUGAAGAGAUGCUGGCGUUUCUGGUCCAACCCAAGCCAGAGAACCAUUAAGAAGGGGCCUUCAUUCUGGAUUCUCCGACUCAACACCGAAGUCCCAGCUGUGAUGUACUGUCACCGAAGAGGGACUGGGAAAGGAAAAGCAUAUAUAUAUAGAUAUAUAUAGAUAUAGAUAUAUAUACAGGAAACACCGCGUCCUUGCACUGCUGCUGGGGCUGGCCGUUUGGCCAGCAGCAACAACCAACAUCUGAAUGCCUACAUUUCCUUUGCAGACAAAUUGAAGAAUUGGCGGGAUUUUUCAGGAAAAAAAAAAAAAAUAUAUAUAUAUAUAUAUAAUGACAAUAAUCUCUCACUCCCCCUUUCAAAGCCCUGCGGAACGACAAAAGCAAGCCAGACCACAAUGAUUGUAGGAGUUCCAUACGACCCUGGUUCUGCACGUUACAUCGAGUAGACACGAGCAUUCCAUUUGUCCUAUGGCGUGUCCUGCCCACUCCAAUGCAAAGGAAACACUUUUGCAGCAAAGCAAGAGAAGUCGCAGCAGCAAGACAUGCACCAUCAACCAUUUGCUGAGAAAAGAAAGAAAAUCCCGCACUCGGAAAGGAGGAGGAACACUGGAUUAUUAUUUUUUGGGUCUUGACACUGGGCUGCAAAAUCCACCUUCCUUUCUCCUGACUCCCCUCCCCCUCAACUCACACGUCUUGUUGUCAUUUCUGUCUCGGCUCUCCCCUCUCCCUCCCCCACCCUCUGUAUCCCGGCCCUGCCAAGGGCCGCUGCAGAUGACUCUGGUUUGAAACAAGGAAAAGGAAAGAAAGCAAGAACAGACAACCCAGCCACAGGAAGGAAAGUAGACAUUGUAUGUUUAUGGGUUCUCAUUAUGAAGGUGCAGCUUGUAGGAGAUGUGUAUGGAUGUGCUUUUAAGUUAUGUAUAUUACAUAUAACAGGAAACAAAUAUUAAAAUAAACAGUGCUGGUAAGUAUGAAGCUGACAUUUUAAAAUUAUAAUUAUCCAACUGUGAUUGGUGUAUCCCAAGGUUCUUAGAUCUCACUGAACCAACCCAGCCAAGGAGACCUGGACUCUGGCUGUGGGUUGCUCACAGUAGGAGCUGAUGGUUCAGCGUAGUAAUACAAUGUGUGGUAUUUGUAACUGGUUGAUUGGUGGGGAGGGGUGGGGUCCCCAGACGGAGGGGCAGGGGUUUGGCAAGAAGGAAGAAACACAGAUGUAGUCCAAGAUGCCUCCCCACCCCCCUCGGGCAGUAGCCACCAGGGCCUGGUCUGUGCUCAGGUGUGGGGUCCAGAGUCAGGAUUCUGCUACAGGGGUCCCCUGGCUCAGCCCCCAUACCUCCCUAGGGGGUUUGCUUCGAUUUUCAGUCUUCUCUUUUUUUGGCCACAUGUCUUUUCCCUGACCACAAUGUGACAGCUGACUCCCCUUUCAAAGAGAUGUGACACCCCUGGCCACUGCAGAGGAUGGUGGCUUUAACCUGGCUGUCUGGAGAGCCCAGCUCGCUUUUGUCCUCUACCUCUCCCGCAUUCAUUCUCUUCCUCCUGGGCCAAAGCAGCUGUGGUAAGAGACUGUGAACACAGAGCAGGCCCUGAUAGGUCAAACUUCAUUUCCAAAGGCUUUACCUGCUCCUGAACAAGCUGAGGAUGAAAGGUGGCGUUGCUCAAGAGGCUCCAUCUAUGUAUAAGACUCUGGCUUUGGAAACCUCCCCUUUAGCCAGCAUCUGAGCUCUGAGCCUGUACCCUCAGAGUCCCCGAAAUUGCCUUCAGACCACAGAAGCCCUUGGAGAAUACCCCAUCAAACAAUGGGGCUUUCCCAGGCUUGCUGGGCCGUGAGCUGCUUCCCUGUGCUCAAUGAGUCCCCUUUGGAGGGAAUAUGUCCCCACUGCACUUUAAUUUCUCAGCCCCAUCGUACAUCCCCAGUCCCACCUCUAAAGUCCUCAUUAAAUCCGUUCAACAAUUUAUGAAGUACCUCCUUGUGCCAGGCACUAUUCUUGGACGGAAGGAGAGAAUGUGGGGGAGGGGAGGGACCUGGAAGUCCUCUGAGCCAGCCUUACAUCUUCAGUCAUGGCUUGCCCCUCUGAGAGCAUUUCCACAUUCUCUCCAAUUAUUGGCCAUUGCCCAGGGAUACCCUCACACACACCCAGGGCCCAGGCUUACUUAUCAGUUACCCCCAAUGACAUAUAUGCUUAGUUUGCUAAGCUGGUGCCGACCUGAGACAGGACAAGAAACCAGAACAGUGUUUGCCUCUGGGCAAAAAUGGGACAGAGCAGGUAGUGAAAGCCCUGUACUUAGGGCUCAGAUGGCAGCUUCAGCCACAUCCACCACCACCACUCCUGCCCCCUGAGCAAAACUAGUGGCCCGCUCCAACUCCCCCCGAGUGCCACAGCUUAUUGCCAUGCACCAGGUUCUUUUUACAAUCUUGGUGGAGAAGCCACAGAACCUCCUUUCCCACCCCUCUCAACCUGAGAGCUCCUAUUCUUUCUGGGCCAAGAGCUGGGAUGGUUCCACCCUUCCUGGGCCACCCGGAAUUUGGCUCAGGCACCCCUGUCUCUGCAGGAACCAGGCAUCCCGAGAACACUGGCCACUCCUCAGAGGGAGAAUAUUUGUUCUGGAUUCUACACCUGUUUACAGCACCUGCAUGUGUGGCUUCAGGGCAGGGAUGAAGUGACCAGAUUUAGCUUGUGGGCUGGCCAGGGUUUGCGGAGAUCUCCAUCCCAUGGAUGCCAUGACCUUCCUUCCAUGGAGAGGCAGGCAGUGCCACCAGGGAGGAGGAGAGCUGCAAAGCUGAAAUCUAGGGCACUGUUUCCUCCCCAUCCUCCUCUUCAUAGAGAAUAUAGAUAUUUGUCUUGUCUAUCUUCAACCUACUUUUCUUUUUUUUUUUUUUUCAUUUUCACAUUUCUCAUCCUUUCUGUGCUGCCUUUCCACCCAAGAGACCAUGUAGCAUAGUGGAAAAUGUCCUGGAGGGUAUCCUGGUUCAGCCCCUAAUGCACCAUGUGACAUUGGACUAGUCCCACCUCCCCCUCCCUCUUUGGGUCUCAGUUUCCCCAUUUGUAGGAUGAGCAGGAUAAACCAGAUGCUCUCCAGGGUCUUUUCCCAGUCUGCUGUCCUACAGAUCUUCAUUUUCUCUUGUUUUGCUUUCUUGGGAUCUUUUCCAUUUGAGGGUAUAGGAAGUGCCAGGACCUGUUUCAGUUUUUGAAUCCUGCAAGCACAUUCCAAGACUGGCCUGCAAUUGCAUGAGCAACAUCACUCUAAAUAAUUUUUUUUUCAAAAGCACCUUACCAACCAACUGCGAUGCUGUCCUGUUCCUUUUUACUCACCCCCUACCUCCCCUCUUGUCCCCACGCUCUCCCUCCCACCUCAGUGCUCUGUGCUGUAUGCGUGUGUUCUCUGUUCUUGUAUACUCAAUAAAAGUGAAAUAAAUGUGUUUGAUGCUGAA